GGGGUGAGGGGUGAAGAGUGAGCAAAACAGAGAGAAAGACAGACAGGGCCAAAUGUUGAUUUGGUGUCAAUAGAACAACAAAUUCUAGUCAUGAGAAAUGGCAACGUACUAAGAACGGCAAACACUAGGAACAAAAACAUUCAGGAAGCCAUGUGAGGAUUUGGGAGAUAGUAAGAGAGCAACAAAAGGAGAGAUAGAGAGCAAGAGAGAUAGACAAGAAGAGAGAGAGGGAGAGAGAGGAAGAGCUCCGAACUCGAGUGAUUUCCAGACUGGCUGGCAGUGAGCUAGCGCUCUGAUCUGCCUGCUCUGAUGGGGUUUCAUGCCCUCGCAGGCACUGCUGGGAAACCUGAGGGCAACGCUGGUUUCUGCCGCUUUUCUUUUUGCUCUCCAAUUGCCACCCAUUGAUCAGACCAACCGAAUGAGAGCCGGGACCAGACGAUCUCAACCUCAAUGACGACAAAUGGAUCCUACACCAGUGAGACUCACUGCAAUACCAAAAGGGAGCUAAAAGAACCCUGAACACAACACGGCCCAGAACCUGGCAGAAAUGAGAGUGAUUUUGGUGUGUGCACUCCUCUCCUCCCUGCCUUUGUCACAUGCCUGUCCAAAGGAGUGCAGCUGCAACAGCAACACUAAAGUGGUGGACUGUCGGGGUCGAGGCCUCUAUGACAUCCCUCGGAGACUACAACCAGACACACAGGAACUGUAUCUUCAAGAUAACCGUAUCAGGGGACUCGGAUCGGUGGCUUUCAAGGAAAUACCUCAUGUGCGCAUUCUCGAUCUGUCUAAUAACUCUAUAACAUUUAUUUCACCAACUGCUCUACAAGGUCUGAGGACUCUGCAGCGCCUCAGCCUGGCAUACAACGGCAUCAGAGACCUUGACAAACGGCUGCUUGGGCCUAUUCGCUCACUUUCCCAUCUUGACCUCUCACACAACAGUCUGUGGGGUUUGCCGGGAGUCAUGGGGGACAGUCUGAAAAACCUCAGCUACCUGGGCUUAGCAAACAACAAACUAACAAGAUUGGAUCGCUCGCUGUUGGACACCAUGACCCACCUGGACAGCAUAACACUACGAAACAACCCCUGGAGGUGUGACUGCCAGCUUAUUGGCCUCAAACUCUGGCUGGAGACCUACCUCUUUAAAGGUGGAGUUGUGGAUGAAGUUCUCUGCACUCAACCAGAAGGAAUGAAGGACAAAGACUUGCAAAAAAUUCCUUAUCAGCUGUUCCAUGCCUGUAUGACCACAAGCUACCAUUACCUGUUUGCCAACAUACACCAUCUAGAGUCUGAGAAGCUACUGAGAGGCCACGUCCAUGGCAACCAUGCCCAUCCCUCCAGCCACUCUCUCCAUGUCCCCAUGGCGAUAGGUGAGGGUUUUGGUGUUGGAGGUGGAGGUGGAGCGGGAGGAGGAGGGGCAGGAGGCAUGGCAGAGUGUGAAACUAAGCAGAAGCAUCGGCCUGUCAACCUGCGCCAUGCCAUUGCCACAGUGAUCAUCACAGGUGUAGUGUGUGGGAUUGUGUGUCUGAUGAUGCUGGCUGCAGCAGUGUAUGGAUGUGCCUAUGCGGCAAUCAUGGCCAAAUAUCAGCGCGAGUUGAAGAAGAAUGAGGAGCUGGCUGCAGCACAGGGGGCCGAUCAUGCUACUGCAGAUGAAAAGGAACCACUGGAAAAUGCUAUUGCCUAAGAGGUGGUAAAGUUUUCCCUGGACUCUAUAAGCCUCUUCCCUUUAACCUAAUUAUCUCUGGAUGCCAUGUUUGGGUUUGUACAUGUGUGCAAAGAGUGAGAAUUUUUUUGAAUUUUUGCAUAAAUGUACCUAACAUUUGAGACUCGGGUAGCUACAUUUCACAGGUAUUUGACUAUGCACUGAUAAGAAGAGUAUCUUCCACUUUAAGCAGAUUUCAGAAGCUGAAUUCAACAAUAUAAAUUUUGUUUUAUCUAAAAAAAAAAGAAAAAAAAAGAAAAAAAGCAUAUCAAUGACAGAAGAAAUCAAAUAUAUAUUUAUAAGUGUGUACUUGUAGGUAUUUGUAAUGUAACACUUUGGUAUUUUUAGAAUGAAUUAUAGAUUUUAUCAGGUUUUUUUGUUACUGCUCAUCAUUUUGAGUUUGUUUUUGACUCAUAGUGAACCAUAUUAGGCAGCUGUUGUCAGUCAUGUCCUCAUCUAUUUGUAUCAGUGAUGUGCAUUUAAAAGAAAAGAUGAGCCUGUGACUUAACUUGUGCUUGAGAGAGUAUGUGUGUCUUUGUACAUGUGUUUACAGAAAGAUGUGUCAGAUUACAGAAAUGUUUAAGUGUCUGUGCCUAGCAAUGCUAAAAAGGUUUGGUGAAGGAAAUAUAUUUUUGAAAGGAUACUUUCCUGUCAAAAUGGGGAAUUCAUUGAAGCAAUAAUGAAACAAACUAAAAUGAAAAGAACUUAGACUAAGCCUUUUUGUAUGUAUUUUAUGGGUUCAUAGAUCAAAAUAAUAAUAAAAAAAACAGCUGCACAAAUGAUGUUUACACAUGCAAGUACAAUAUUUCCAAUCAGUCUUGUUUGUAACAUAUUACCAGUUACACAAUGUUAAACAUUUCCUUCAGUAUGUACUAUAUAUAAUAAAGGAAAACAUUGUUCCUGAUUACUUUA